AUGUCGCAUCACGGUACCAUUCAAAUCGGCCACUCCGAAAGGAUUAGGUAUGCCGACCUUGACGGUGACAUAAGGAGAGUUCUGGCAGCCGCCGAUGAGGAAGACCUCAGCUAUUAUUAUCCGUCUGACGGCAUGCUAGACUUUCAUACUACCCAAUCCCUUCAGAGGGCCAUCGCAAAGUACAGGUUGGACUCUUACCAGCUGGUGAAACUUUUCAGAUACCUUGGCUGGAUGUUCACGUGCAAUCAAUGCCAUGGGGUUCGCAGUGCCUAUGAAUUCGACUACAUUUCGACCCAUAGUAUGGCGAGGCCGGACAGGAAUCCAUCGAACAAAGACGGCGCUGUUGUUCGAUCUGUCGCUGGGCCAUGCUCAUUCUGUCGCCCAUCGAACAACAACCGUCAACGUAGCACUUCUUCGUACAGAUACCGUUAG